AAUUGUUGAACGGCCUUUCUUUUACUCUCUUUCUCUCUCUAAAACCCUAUGAGCGAAAAGUUCUCUAAGUCUAAACCCCCGCCCGCAUGUUACAUUCAUUUUCAGCUUACUCUCUCUCCCCCUAAUUUAACUUUCAUUUCAUGGCUUCAGUAGCUUUUAGAAACCCUAAUUCCAAACGACUCAUUUCUCUGUCUCCUCAAGUCUACCAAUAUUGCAGAGGUUCAAUCUCCACUCAAUUCUCAGUUUCCGAAUCUCUCUCUGGAAAUGAAAGACCACCGGUUCUCAUUCCAUCGUGGAGAUCAAUGGCCACAUUUACUCGGACAAAACCUCACGUUAAUGUGGGAACAAUUGGACAUGUUGAUCAUGGGAAGACUACACUGACUGCUGCAAUCACAAAGGUGCUAGCAGAAGAAGGGAAAGCCAAGGCUGUUGCCUUUGAUGAAAUAGACAAGGCCCCUGAAGAGAAAAAGAGGGGAAUUACCAUUGCAACAGCCCAUGUGGAGUAUGAGACUGCUAAGCGACAUUAUGCACAUGUAGACUGUCCGGGGCAUGCUGAUUAUGUUAAAAACAUGAUUACUGGAGCUGCCCAAAUGGAUGGGGGCAUCCUGGUUGUAUCAGCCCCUGAUGGGCCCAUGCCUCAGACCAAGGAGCAUAUUCUUCUUGCACGCCAGGUUGGUGUGCCCUCACUUGUGUGUUUUUUGAAUAAAAUUGAUGCCAUUGAUGAUCCAGAGUUAAUUGAACUUGUGGAAAUGGAGCUUCGUGAGCUUCUUACCUUCUAUAAGUUUCCUGGGGAUGAAAUCCCUAUCAUCCGAGGUUCAGCGUUGUCCGCUUUACAGGGCACGAAUGAAGAAAUAGGGAAAAAGGCUAUUUUAAAACUAAUGGAUUCUGUAGAUGAAUACAUUCCUGAUCCUGUACGCCAACUUGACAAGCCUUUCCUAAUGCCAAUAGAGGAUGUUUUCUCAAUUCAGGGACGUGGAACUGUUGCUACUGGCCGUGUUGAACAAGGGAAAAUUAAAAUUGGGGAUGAGGUUGAGAUUUUGGGUUUGAUGCAGGGUGCUCCUCUGAAAUCUACUGUGACUGGCGUUGAGAUGUUCAAGAAAAUCUUGGAUUUUGGACAAGCUGGUGACAAUGUGGGUCUUCUUUUACGUGGCUUAAAACGAGAAGAUAUACAGCGAGGACAGGUGAUUGCCAAACCUGGUACUGUGAAAACAUACAAGAGGUUUGAGGCGGAGAUAUAUGUUCUCACAAAGGAUGAAGGUGGGCGUCAUACUGCUUUCUUCUCCAAUUACAGGCCUCAGUUUUACAUGAGGACUGCAGAUAUCACUGGUAAGGUGGAGUUGCCAGAAAAUGUUAAGAUGGUUAUGCCUGGAGACAAUGUGACUGCUGUUUUUGAGCUGAUUUCACCGGUUCCUCUUGAACCAGGACAAAGAUUUGCCUUGAGGGAGGGAGGUAGAACAGUUGGUGCUGGUGUAGUUUCAAAAGUAGUAAACUGAGAUAUGCUGGUGCCAGAUCUCUUAGGGGAAGUGAAAGGAAAAGAACACAAGGUCUGUAGGUUGAAGAAGAGUCUGUAUGGAGAUGCUAUCGCUUUUGAAACAUUUUCAUUUCUCAUACACUGAUGCAUAAUUUUCUUGCCAAGCUGUGGUUCUGUGAAACAUUGCUGAUCAUUUAUGUAAGUGGAUUUUGAUUAUGCUUAAUUGACAGGCCCAAAUGUUCUGUGGUAAAAACUUGUUAUACUUAGUCAAAUGAACUUUGAUUAAGAGAUGAUUAAAUCCAUUUUGCAGCUACAA